AUGGCAACCGGACACGGAAAGAAGCAGGUCAUCAUCGUGGGUGGAGGAGUGACAGGUCUCACUCUGGCACUAACACUGCAGCAUCUCGGCAUCGACUGGGUGCUCCUGGAGGGGUACGGGAGUGUUGUGCCAGCGGUGGGAAGUGGGAUUGGGCUCUACGCCAACGGGCUUCGGAUCUUGGAUCAGCUGGGUAUCUACCACAAGGUUGCGGCCAGUGGGCAGACGACCGAGUCUAUGAACUAUUUCGAUGGCACCUCGGGCGAGCUGAUCACGAGACGCAUCUUCAAGUCACUCAUGAUUAAACGGCAUGGUUACAUCAACAUGUUUCUGCUACGCUCAGCGCUGCUCGGAAUAAUGUACGACGCCAUCGUCGACAAGGAGCGUAUUAUGUGCAACCAGAAGGUCAAGCGAGUCGAGACAACUGAGGCAAGUGCUUUCGUCUAUAUAGAGGAUGGCACGAUCUUUGAAGGACAGAUCGUCGUGGGUGCAGAUGGUUCACGGAGCACGGCGAGAAGGGAAAUGUGGCGGAAUGCCGACGAACAGAAACCGGGUUGGAUUCCAGAGAAGGAUCGGGAGAACAAGCCCUGUGAGCAUAUGUGUCUCUUUGCCUCGGCCGGGCCUCUCAAGGGAGUAUCUCCCGGAGACUUGAUUUGCUCUGCUAUGCCCGGCAAGGCAACUGGAUUGAUGUGUAAUCCGGACAACAGUAUUUUCUGGUUUUGGUUCUGGACUCUUCCUCCAUCGAUGCGCUCAGUCUCUCUUGACCAGAUCCCACGACCUUCAGAGGAGGACAUCCAGCGCGAGUUGUCGAGCUGUGGCGACACCAUCGUAUCUCCGGCUGGCAUUCACAUGUCAGAACUGGUCAAGAGCAUGGAGAAUCAAGGUGCCACAGCCUUGCCCAACUACGUCCUCAAGCGUUGGCAUUAUGGGCGCAUUAUCAUUCUCGGAGACGCCGCACACCUCUUCAACCCCCUGGUUGGACAAGGUGCCAACAGUUGUAUGGAGUCAGUAUCAGCCCUGGCAAACGCCUUGCACGAACAUCUAGGUCCAGACGUGGGGAAGACAGCUUCCUGGCCCCUGAAGACGUUGAACACAGCUUUCGCCGCUGUUGAGGAGCUGCGGGUCCCGCGCCUCGAGUUUAUGGUCAGCAGAUGUCAGGACGCUAUGCACAUGGUGGCCUGGGAAGGAUGGUUCCCCCAAUUCAUGUUGAAGAGGGUUGCUCCUCUGCUGCCUCUACCUACGUUCUUGAAUUCCUACAGUGAACUGAUUGUUGACGGUGUUGCUCUGAACGACCGUUUCCCCCGCGCAGCAGCUCCCCAUGAAUGGCUCUACCCCGAAGAGAGAUCUGAGCAGAUGGGGUAUUCGGUAGGAACAAAGGCAGGCAUUUUCGGUGCUGCAUUGGCUGCCACAGUGUUUGCUUUAUCUUUUGUUGGCAAUGGGUGGAAGUAUUUACCGAUAACCAACUUGUCUGCGCAGGGCAUAUGA